CGGAGACCUCCACAGUCAGUGAACACUGCAUUCGCUGUUUUCACGAUCUCCAGUUUUAAAUAUAUGUCACAAUCAACCGACUUCAUUCUGAUUGUGGCUGUUUCUGCAUCCUUUACGCCCAGGGCAUUGAUCACCCUUUCAGAUUGUGUGGUGGAACACUAACAUCCAAACUGAUGAAGAUCUGAUUUCGGAAAAGUGAAUUCCCUUUUUCUCAUUUGAUAAGCGGAAAGAAUGUCGGAAAGGGCCGAUGAUGACGUCAGGGGGGAGCAGCGCAAAGCGGCCAGGCAGCUAAAGCAGCAGCAGCAGCAGCUUCAGCGGGGAGAAGCCUCCACAGCAAUGGCGACGGGUGCGGAGCGUAGAUCCCUGCCUAGUCCAGAAUUCAUGCUGGGACAGCCUUGGAGCAACUGGGCCGAUGCUGUCAAACUGCACGGGAGUGACGAUUCGGAGGAAAGUUUGAAAGAGUGCGGGAAAAAUCGAGAAGCCAUGCGGCUCUGCAGAGACGACAUGGCCAUCUUCGGCCAGUGCCCGGCCCAGGACGACUUCUACCUGGUGAUGUGCAGCCACUGCAGUCAGGUGGUCAAGCCCCAGGCCUUUCAAGCACACUACGAGAGAAGACACAGCUCGUCCAGCAAGCCCUCGUCCUCGCUGGCGCCCUCUGCUGCCAACGCCAUGUCUGCCGUGCCGCGGCGGGGCAGCGGGGCGGGGAGUGGCGUCAGCGGUGGCGGCGGCGGCAGCGUGUCCGGGCGGCCGUCCCUGGCCAACAGCACCUCCUCCUCGUCCUCCACCUCCUCGUCCUCCACCUCCAAAACCAACAAAUCAGCCAAAGAGUUGUCCAACCACGGGCGGUUUAUCCCCAAGGUGCCCCACGACAAGAUCCUGACCCCUGCUGUCAAAGUGGAGAAGGUGGACUCCUGGAAGGCCAAGGUGGAGUCCUCUCCCAGCAAGCUGGGUCACACUCCCACCUCCUCCUCCUCCUCCUCCUCCUCCUCUUCCUCCGCCACUGUGAGCUCCCCCAUGAAGACAGGCCUUAGCUGCCCCUCCAUACCAAAGCCCCCCACGCUCGCGCCAGCCCACGUCCCCAACGGGAAGGGCCACCUCUCCCUGCCCGACAAGAAGCAGGACAACAACAGUGCCAGUAGCAAGCGCUCGCAGUACAAGAGACCCCUGCAGGAGCGCGAGUUCAACCCGGACAUCCACUGUGGUGUCAUGGACGUGCCUGCCAGGAAGCCAUGCACAAGAUCCUUAACAUGCAAGACACAUUCCUUAAGCCAGAGGAGGGCCGUGCCAGGCCGGGGCAAGCGCUUCGACACGCUGCUGGCGGAGCACAAGGGCAAGGCGCGGGAUCGGGAGAAGGAGCUCCAGCAGCAGCAGCAGCAGCAGCAGCAGCAUAGGUCCUCCACCACCUCCUCCUCUACAGACCUCCCCCAGCAGACGACAACCACCGCCUCCUCCGCCACCACCACCAACAACCCCCCUCUCAGGGACCCUCAUCCCGCCACCUCCUCCUCCUCCGCUACUACUACUUCUUCGUCGCGUCUCUCGCAGGACCACCACCACCACCACCCGCACCACCACCACCACCACCAGACAGCCGACAGGAACGGCACGGCCAGCGAUGCGCCCGCCAAGCCGGCGCCCCUCAGCAAAGCCAAACCUCACAAUCCCGCGCUUCCACGCAGGCCGAACAGCAGCAACAGUCACCACGGUGGGGGCCCGGCCCAGGGCCAGGGGGGAGACCCCGGCACGGGCCACGAGCCGCCCCACCACCACCACCCAGCGCUGGCCACCGCGGCCGUGGACGGGCAGACGCGCCUCUCCAGCGACGAGGGCGAGCCCGAGGAACGCGACGCGGAGCCAGACAAGCUGGACUGCCACUAUUCAGGUUACCACCCACGGCCGGCAGCGUUCUGCACGUUCGGAAGCCGGCUGUAUGGGAAGAGCUGUCACUCGUUCGACCGGCGCUGGGACCGAGUGCGCUGCGCCUUCAGCCUAAUGAUGGACAAGCAUGUCAACUCCCAGAUGUGGAAGAAAAUCCCACUGGCGCUGGAGAACUCGUCAAGCCACAGGUCAAGCACAAACGCCCUCUCCUCCUCCUCCUCUUCCUCCUCCUCCUCUUCCUCCGCCUCCGCCACCCCGCACAGCAUCUCGCCAUCCCACUCGGGAUUCCGUAGCCCCUCGCCCGCGCCCCCCACGCCAGCCUACGGCCAGACUCACGAGGGCAAACCCGCCCUGUCCUACGGGACCACCUUAAACGCCCGCACCACCUCCGCCUCCGCCUCCGCCUCCUCCGGCGGCCAGGGCCCGGCCGAGCACCCCGCCGCGCCCUACGCCGGCGCCUCGCAGUCGCGACAAGUGUCUUCUUCGUCUACUACUUCUUCUUCUUCGCCCCAGAUGCCUUCGCCCCACUCUUCCUCGCUCCCCUCGGGCCGGCCCCUCAAGCAGCCUCGGACAAGCAGCAGUAAAUCAUUGUCGUCGUCUUCGUCAUCGUCUGCCUUCAGGCCCAAAGAGUCGUCUGCCUCGUCCGCCCUGGGCCACUCUGCCAGCUCCAACGCCACCAACAACAGCAGCAGCAGUAGUAGUAGUACUAGUCUGGGGAAGAAGCGUAAAAACAGCUCCUUGCUGUCGGCGGCGUACUCUGCCGAGUCCAGCCCCUCGGCCUCCUCUUCCUCGUCCUCCUCGUCCUCAUCUUCGUCCCCGUUCAAGAGGAACUGCGUGGCGGGAUCGGGGGCCUCUGGCAACUCCUUUCACGCCUCCGCCAACCCUUCCAACCCAGCCUCCUCUUCGUCAUCAUCAUCAUCGUCGUCGACGACGUCCUCUCACACCGGUGUCUAUACUGUCGGCGUGAACUGCACGCCGGGCCCGGGCCGGAGCCUGAGCCUGAGGCACGAGCCGCCCGGCCGCGGCCCGCCCUCCGCCAGCCCGGCCGAGUCCAUCAAGCGCAUGAGCGUGGUGAUGAACAGCAGCGACUCCACGCUCUCGCUCGGCCCCUUUGUCCACCAGAGCAGUGGCGACGCGGCCGCAGGGCCGCAGUCCCAACAGCAAGGCAGCACCACCACCACCUCCACCUCCACCACCGGAGGAGCCUCCUUCGGCCUGGAGGGGAAGAAGCGGAAGGGCUCCCCGGCUUCCUCGGGGCCCGUCAACAGCUCCGGCGGAGGGGGAGGGGUAGGGGGAGGCAGCCUGGGUGGGAGCCAAGGCCCCGGCAGGCCCAAGGUGGCCAAGUCCCCGGCGGUCAACAACAUCCACAGCAAGCACUCGCGGCCCAUCCCCGGCACACCCGGCCUCUCCAAUAACUCCCUCAUACAUCAGCCAAAGGCUCGUCCCUGACAUUGGUGGCCGGGGCUGGACGGUGCCUAUCGGUGAUCCGGAUGACCACGACGAUCUGGAGGACGAGGCCUUUCUGACAAGUCACCGGCAACCUCCCAUGAUCCUCAGGGGCUGAGCACGAGCGACGUCUCGCAUGGUAUGGUCUGCUAAUGUGGCAUCAGCAAGGGGAGGGUCCUCUUGAAGCCAUGCGUGUGGAGCAGAGGGGGUUACAAAAGGCCAUGCGUGGGGCGCAACGUGGAACCAUGGAGGAAAAGGAGGCUGCGUGCUCAGAUGAUGCGGGUGAUGUGUUUCGUGGUGUUGUUGCUGUGCGGGGCCAGGGUGCCCUGCCAUGUCUCUCCACUAGGAGGAGACGUUGAGCUGCUCUGGUGGUGGUGCUGGAGUGGAGAGGAGGCCAAAGGAGUGGAGAGAGAGGAGUUGCCUUUAGCCCUUGACUGUGGUGCAGUGACUGUUGCAGAGUUAAGGGCUGGUACACAUACACACAUGCUCUUAGGCCAAUACUGCAACCACACAGCACCAGGAGCAACUGGAGGCAGCGUGGCAAAUGGGAGUCCUUUCACCUCUCUUUCUCUCCUCUCUCUCUCUCCUCUAUCUCUCUCUCUCUCUCUUUUCUGUGUGUUCGCAUGUGUGAAUGUGUCAAUGCGUGCGUGUGAAUUAUGUGGACGUAUGCAAGAGCCUGGGUUGAGUCAGGUAAGAUUUUGCUGGACUACUGGAAAACAAACUAAGUCUGAAAAUACACAACUGAUGUUUGCGAGUGAUGCACUUGAGCCAUGGGGAAUUCCAACACUAAGAACACAGUCACACGGGAGGCCUCCUCAAGCUCAGUGGUGUGGGUUUGUUUUUGUGUCUUUGUUGAAAAAGAAAUUGUCGACGGACGGACAAAAAAUACAGUCUAAUUGGUGUGACUGAAGGUUGCAAACCAAUUCCCAUAUACCUACACUGAACAAGUAUGCAAAAAUUUUAGUCUUAAUGUUUCCUUUUAAAAAAAAUAUUGCAUUCACAGAGAAAAAAAAAAUAUUUCAGGAAAAAAAAGCAUAAGAAUUGUCAUGCAUGCCACUGUCGAUACAGAUUUAUUACACAUCACGAUCAAACUAUCAAAUCGCGUUUGGUAAACCGAUUGUGAAACGGGUCUUGGAGUAUUUAGUGAGAAGGUGCAUUUCAGUUUUGUUUUUUUUGAGGGUACAGUAUACAUUUUGGGAUAAAGAUAUAAGUCGGUGGUAGAUGCAAAAUAACCUCUUGUUUUUAACUGUGACGGAAGCCAAUAUUGAUUGGGGGACAAAAGAAAAGAAACGAAAUGUUUAAAAGUAUUCGGGCAGUUAUCCUGCUGUACACAGAAAGCACAUAUUUGGGGGAGAAAAAAAAAACAAGCAAUGCCGUUAACCAAAUCAGUCACUACCAACUUAACCAAAACACUUAAAAAGACGAGUCGAGUUCUGUAGUUUCAACACUAGGCCACGCCUCCAGUCUGGGACUGGGCCUGCAAACUCUGUGGGUGCGUUCCGAUAUGUGACCUUGCGUCCUCCACUUGUGCUCGUGGCCUCGUACCAGGAAGUAAUACGUCGUGAUGACAUCACUGACAACAGCAUUAUAUUUUAAUGUCUUGCAAAAGCUCAAAGUUGUAAAGUCAUUUUCUCAUUUGCAAACUGGAUGGUGAAUGAUGAAUAGUCCCCCAAAAACUGUUGUGGCCAGGCUGACAGCGGGGAAACGUAAUUGUUUUCUCCACGGAGGCGGGGCAUCAGCCAAACGUGAGGCCACAAGCACAAGUGGAGGACGCAAGGUCGCAUAUUGGAAUGCACCCUGUGUGUGUGAAACAAGCACCAUAUCUCAAGUGGAGAUUCAGCCUACUUUGCUUAGUGAAAAAAAAGUACUAACAUUAAUCCUCACCAACACAGAUUUUGUUCAGUUCAACUGGAGAAUGUUUGAUUUUGUAGUUACGUUUCAAGUCUUUGCGUUGAAUCAUUGUCUCUCCAACUGUAGCAGCAUUAUGUUGCAUCAUUUCAGUGUUUUGUCAUUUGUGUGUUUCAGUGAGGUCACGUCAAAUCAGUGUUUUUAUCAAAAUCAGUCUGUCCACUGUAUCAAGCAGAGCGACUUGCUUCAAACCCUUGAAAACGAGAUCAUGAAAAGAUCACACACACACACACACACACACACACACACACACACACACACACACACACACACACAUACACUUCGGUUAAUGCAGCACCGUUUCUAUCAGUCUUCACUGGUAUGUGAACUUGUGUGCAAAAACAUGCAGUCAUUUAUGACCUCCCAGUUGUUGGUGUUACGUUUGUAUAUCCACCAUCUCACUAAAGCCUUGUUUGGGAAGCGGACGUGUCUUGGUGACCAAGCCUUGGUCUACACUACCACACUACUAAUCAUGCUUUAUCAAACUUUCUGCCAUAGCCCUACCCCAAAGAUGAAGGCACACCUGAUGCCCUCAGAGUCUUAUGAAAUGCAACGCUCAGCACUACCAGUAUUGUAACAAAUUGGCACUUGCAGCAACAUCCGUAGAUAUAACUUAAACUAGCCAUCCAGUACAAAUGUGUUUCACUUUAGAGUGAGGAGAACGUGAGUGUUCUGAACUGACAGACUGUCGACAUGUCGUCAGAAUUUAACGUGUGCCAGGUUUUACCCCCCCAAGAACUCUUGAUAUGGCAAUAUUUUUUUCACGUUUGUUUGGGACAGUAGAGUUCCUAGGUUGCGAUUUGGCUAUUUUUUUUUGUGUCAGAUUUGUUUUGCAUACAUCCAUUUUUCAUGUAUGGUGUCUCUAGAAGAUGCAGCCUAUAGAGCUGCUACUCCCCUUGUCCAUGUAUCAACUCCUGUGAUGUCAAAUCACCAGACCUAGCUGAAGAAGCAAGUGUGUUUUCUAUCUUCCUUUGGCUUUUUUCGUACAUAAAAACUUUAAAACAAUUGAAGUAUCCCUAUUUCAGAAUACAUAUUUUGUUAAAAACAAACAAAAAAAGAACAGAAUUGUACAUAUUGAGAUGUAUUUUUGCACAGGCAUUUUCUUACAAUUUUUGGUACAAUUGAGAUCAUUAUUAUUUAUUUAGAAAAAAAAGGAUAACUUUUAAGAUUAUUUGAAGUGGUUCACUGCCAAGCCAAUGAUGCAAUAUGCCUCUUAUCUAGCAACCAGAGCAUAAGUCACACAUACUGCGAUGUUUUAAGAGUUUUACCACUGUAGCGGGAGUCUCAAUCACUUGAUGCAUUGUUGUAUUUUU